AUGUCUACACCAACUUCUCCGCGCCGCAAGCCUCAACCCCGCCGCGCGCCCACUCAAAACAUACUCCUCUUCCUCAUCGCCUUCCGUCUCGUCAAUGCGUUCGCAGUUCGGACCUUUUUCCAGCCAGAUGAAUACUUUCAGUCACUAGAGCCAGCGUGGCAGAUCGCGUUCGGUCAGGGUCAAGGGGCCUGGGUGACAUGGGAAUGGCGGCACCAACUCCGAUCCUCACUACAUCCUCUCUUCUUCGCCGCUCUCUAUAAAGUCGCCGAUUUCCUUGCCUUCACCCUCAGUUUGUCUCCCGCCACACGUGCAGAGCUCCUAAUUGCCGCUCCAAAGACAGCGCAGGCCGUUGUGGCAGCAAUUGGUGAUUUCUACACAUGGAAGCUCGCAGUUCGUGUCUAUGGAGAUGAUUCUCUUGAAUCAUGGACAACGCUGGUCGCAACUGUCGUAAAUCCCUGGCAAUGGUUCUGCUCAACUAGGACACUAUCCAACAGUUUCGAAACAACAAUUACCAUUGUCGCGUUGGAACUAUGGCCAUGGCAAUGGUCGGUAGGCUCUACCGCCAGCAAUGGCCGCGACAAAAAUACUGGCAAUCAAAUGGACAGGGAUCGAGGUGUGAUUCUGAGUCUCCACGAAUGUCUGCCGCUGGCAGCACUCGCCUGUAUACUGCGACCGACCAACAUUCUCGUUUGGGCAACCCUGGCCGGCCUCGCUUGGCUUCGGACCUCUUGGCCCCAGCGCAAGAUCCUCCUUCUUGAAGUUAUGAUUUGCGGGUCGACUAUUCUUGCGGUAUCUUCCGUUGCGGACCGUCUCUUCUAUGGAAUUUGGACCUUCCCGCCGCUCAGGUUCCUAUACUUCAACAUCGCGCAAUCACUAGCUAUCUUCUAUGGCAGCAAUGAUUGGCAUUACUAUAUCUCUCAGGGUUAUCCCCUUCUACUGACCACUCUGUUGCCCUUCGCGCUUACUGGUCUAUAUCGAACCUUGUCAACUCGGGCUUCCACAGUGGGAGACAGAUUGCAGGCGGCGAUCCGAGUGCAAUUGGCGACAGUAUGCCUUCUGAUGCCAUUUGUGCUCUCUUUGAUCUCUCAUAAGGAAGUGCGCUUCAUCUACCCAUUGUUGCCCUGCCUGCAUAUAUUAGCUGCACCGCCUUUAAUGCACUUCUUCUACCCAGCUAUCGACUCGCAGGCAUGGGGUCAUACUCUCCGCAGGUUGAUUCUCAUAAUCCUCAUGUGUGCAAACGUGGUCAUUGCACUUUACACAACUCUCUAUCAUGCAUCAGGAACACUUAGUGUUCUCUCCUAUCUCCGUCAUCAGCACGAAGCACACUCGGUACCAACAACAAAAGCCCAAACAAACUCAGUCUCCGAAACCGGAAUCUCUGUUGGAUUUUUAAUGCCCUGCCACAGCACACCCUGGCGCUCUCAUUUAGUCUACCCGACAAUCAACGCUUGGGCCCUUUCGUGCGAGCCACCGAUCGAUCUCAACGCAACUCAGAAAGCCGUUUAUCGAGACGAAGCAGAUCAAUUCUACGAUGACACAUUCCAAUUUCUACGCCAGAACAUGACUGGUGGUCUCCGUCACCUUCCUCGACGACCGAGCUACGCCUCGCCCGCGCAUUAUUCUGUAUCGGGAAAGAACCCCAACGAGACCCCACAACAUGAAUGGCCGGACUACCUCAUCUUCUUCGCCCAGCUCGAGCCAACCCUCUACACCAUACUGCGUACCUCGUCCUAUGGGGAGUGCUGGCGCACCUACAACAGUGACUGGCACGACGACUGGCGCCGUCGCGGCGACAUCGUAGUCUGGUGCCUGGACACAGUAGAGCAGGACUCCUGGCGCUCCUUUGCGCAACGCCAAGAACAGGAAAGCCGAGAGAAGCAAUUCGAUCGUAUCGUGGAAGCAUUCAAGAGUGAGGGGCGCAAGCAAAAAAAGCGGGGAUGGAUGUCCUCGAUGCCUUGGGCCCCUGCGCCUCCUCCAUUGUUUGCGUCGUGGCGACAUUCAUUGGGGUCGUUUUUCUCUUCGCCUUCAAAAUCAUCAACCUCUUGGCCUUGGCGUGCCCCUUCUCGUUGGGAGACUGUUGUAUCGAGGCUGUCAUUCUCGAAGCAGAAGACAGGUUGGCUUCCUUCCUGGGUGUCGAGUUGGCUUCCUGGGUUGCCGUCUUGGUUGGGCGGAGCUAAAAGGAGACCUACGGAGGCAGAGUUGUGGUCUUGA